AUGCUACAAUCCACAAAACUAGGUUGGUUGUUGUGUGGACAGAUCAGACCGCCAAUCAAUGCAUCGUCACACAAUAACGUUUCUAUAUGUGGAUUUGUACAAAGCGAGGAACUGCAGGCACAAAUCGAAAGAUUUUGGCGCAUCGAGGAUAUGUCUAAUACAAGACUCUUAUCCAAGGAAGAAUCUAUGUGCGAAGAUAUUUUCCAGAAAGAAUAUCGCCGAACUCAAGACGGGCGAUUCGAAGUUCCACUGCUAUUUCGUGAGGACCCUAUAAGCACAUUGGGCGAUUCCCGAGCGAAUGCGUUACGACGAUUACGCAGCAUGGAACAUAAAUUCCUAAGGGAUCACCAACUGCAAACGCGAUAUGGCAAGUUCAUGGAUGACUACAUCGAUCUUGGUCAUAUGUCUGCUUUGUCAGUUACUGACACACACAACCAGAAGAUUAACUAUUUGCCUCACCAUGCGGUGACAAAAGAGUUUUCAAUCUCAACGAAACUUAGAGUUGUUUUUGACGCUUCUAAUCCAACGACGUCUGGCAAAUCACUCAAUGAUUGUCUGCUAGUGGGACCGACAAUACAGUCGGAACUAUUCGAAAUCAUCAUACGCUUUCGAGAACAUCCUUAUGUCUUGGUGGGUGACAUCGUCAAGAUGUACAGACAAAUCAACAUAAAGCCAGAACAUCGAGUGCAUCAGUGCAUACUGUGGAGAUCCAAUCCAGAGGAUCCACCCACGACAUACAGUUUAAAUACUGUUACAUAUAGAGUGGCUUCAUCACCGUUUUUAGCCAUAAGAUCACUACAACAGUUAUCGGUAGACCAUGAGAAAACACACCCCCGUGCAGCAGCCGUCAUUGCCCGCGACUUCUACGUCGAUGAUAUGAUUACGGGAGCGGCCUCGGUACAACUGCACGAACUUAAAACUCAGGUUACCGACAUAUUGAAGACCGCAGGAUUCGAGUUGUCCAAAUUUCGUUCAAACGUCUCACUCGAUCAGGAUGAGUGCCUAGACCACUACGAAAUAACGGAUGCAAAGGUCUUAGGAUUACUAUGGCAGUCAACGACGGAUCUGCUACGGUACGAAGUAACUUGUAUCGCUAUGCCAGAAACCAUCACCAAACGGAUCACGUUGUCGCUGAUCACGCAAAUAUUCGACCCGUUAGGUCUAAUUGGCCCAACUACUAUUAAAGCGAAAAUUCUAAUGCAGUCGCUUUGGCAAUUGAAAAUAGACUGGGAUACACCUAUACCAGAGACGCUUCGGAUCGUAUGGUUGUCAUAUUUUCAGCAACUACCAAUUAUCAACCAAAUCGCGAUUCCGCGGCACGCUAUUUUACACAGCCCAAAGGACAUCCAACUUCACGGAUUCUGUGACGCCUCCCAGAGCGCUUAUGGCGCAUGCGUCUAUCUCCGAUCCAUAGACAACAUGGGAACGAUUUACAUACAACUCUUGGCAGCGAAGUCACGUGUAGCUCCCUUGAAGACCAUUACACUUCCGCGACUUGAGCUAUGCGGAGCUGUACUUCUUUCCAAUCUCGUUCAUAGAAUAUCUCAAGCGCUUACAUGCACAGUCUCCAAGCAUUAUCUGUGGACAGAUUCUGAAAUUGUAUUGGCGUGGAUUCAAGGACAGCCCUCACAAUGGCAAAUCUUCGUUGGCAAUAGAAUUGCGGAAAUUCAACGAUUGACAAACCAAUCAGAUUGGGCUCAUGUACGAUCAGAGCACAACCCUGCUGAUCUGAUCUCGCGAGGACUAAUGCCCGAACAGCUUCCUGACGCUACGAUGUGGUGGGUAGGACCGCCUUGGCUGAAAACUGAUCCUCCGUUAUGGCCGACGUCUUCAACGCAAUUCUUGACAGACAUACCUGAGGCACGCACUCAGUCGUUUACAGCACUUCACAAAGAAGAUUCAUUUGACAUCAUGCAUCGAUACUCAUCGUUGACCAAGCUCAAGAGAGUAAUCGCAACUUGUAUAAGAUUCAAAACGAAUUGUAUGUUGUCCAAAUCGGCCUCUCAGCGAUUCUCUGGGCCACUCACGGCUGACGAACUACAGAAGACCAUGACUAUACUCAUAAAACGUUAUCAGCAAGAAGUUUUCGCUUGUGAACUACAUCACUUACGAAAAAACAAUACGGUAGAUUUACACAGUCCAAUCCUUUCGCUCAACCCUAUACUCGAUCAGGAGGGAGUACUCCGCGUCGGUGGCCGGUUUAGAAAUGCUCCAUGUUCCUACACACAAAAACAUCCGAUUUUCUUACCUUCUAAAGGUGUUCUGACAGACUUAAUUAUACGAGACUUACAUUUAAAGCACUUUCAUAUGGGACCACAAUUGUUAUCGACCGCUAUCCGCGAGACCUACUGGAUAGUGCACGCGAAAAAUGCGAUCAAGCGAAUACUCAAAACAUGCGUUUUGUGUUUCCGAUCACGACCACGUAGCUCAAUAUAA